UGAAUUAUCAGACUUAACGUUGAUUGUCGAAGAGAUCCACAUUCAUGUUAUCAGAGCAGUAUUGUCAUUGUCGUCACCAGUUUUUACAGAAAUGUUGGAAGGGGAAUGGAAGGAAAAGAACCAAAGUGAGAUCUAUUUGCCGGAGAAAAAGUUGGAUACGUUUGUUCCAUUUCUGCGCUGCCUUUACCCAAACCUUAAGGAGCAAGCUGAAAAUGCUGCGUCCAUACUCCCAUUAGCAUCCGAGUAUCAAGUUGUAAAAUUGAUGGAACAGUGUGAAGACACUCUGCUUACUUUCAUUGAGGGCCCUGCGACAAAUGACAUCCCGUGCGAAGAAGUCUGUAAAUAUUUAAGCUUAGCUGAGCAACAUGAACGCACACGUCUGAGUGAAUGUUGUGCUAAACGGUUGUCGAACUUCCCAUUCGAUAAAAGGAAAAAGUGUCUUACUGAAAACAAUAUUUCUUGGGAAAAUCAAUGAAAAGUAGCAGAAGCUUCGUCUAAAAGACAUGAACUUUAUGCAAAAGAUUUCCAUUCGCUUAUUGAAACGUUUUUGGAAAAGACCAUCGUCCAGCAAAUUGGAGCAAUAGGAAGAACAGAUUAUGAAAAUAGCAUUGAACAUUCAUUUACGUCUGUUCGUGUGUCUUACUAUAUGUAUGGUAUUGAUUCACAGAUUUCCAGAGAUAUGCUUAAAAGUUUGCAAAAGGGUGAAUGCAAAAAAGAUAAAAAGAAGGCUCUUCCCAUAUUCUCAGAUUUCGAAUAUUUACCACAAGAUUUAAAAUAUGACUUGCAGCGUGUAAUUCCUGAAUUCAGAAAGUAGUCACGUGGUAUGACCACAAUAUGAUGAUUUGCAUAAUAGAGUGAAACUAAUGAAAACAUAAACAGUUCUAAGCCAAUGCUUUUGCAAACUUAAGGUUGUAUUUAAUAGAUAAAAACAGUUAUUUUCUUCACCGAGUCACAUGGUAAUAUUGUGUAAUAUCAUCCUCGCUCGGUGUUUAAAAUAGACAUCACUAUUUCCUUGUUGAAAAAACGUUGCAUCGCUCACUGCACGUGUUCCUAAAUAGACUUACGCGUUUUCUUAACCUUGAUUAUGAAUGCAAAGGUUUUAUCCCAAAUAUAUUUAGGUUACUUCACAAGUGCAAUCUAAAUGAGUAUCUAAAUAUGUAUUUGAGCAGUGGGACAUUCGUUUCAAAAAUGCAGUGGAAAAGCAUCCUCCGGAAACGCGUGACAAAACCGUCCAAAGAACCCAUGUACUCGGUUAUAUGUACUCAAAGACCAGGCUUGCCGAAGGACGGUAACCUGCAUGUGCCUUAUGCAAUCUAGAAGACCCAUCCAGAUUGGCUGCCCUUUGUGAGUUCAGUAAAUAUAGCGAUAGGGCGUAUGUUAUCAAGAUCAUACGUGGAAAAGUGUCACAAGUGCUCAAGACGGUGUAACAAUAUUGUUAAACAUUUAUUUUUCUUCUGCCCGUAUAAUGAUCCGCACAAUGCACUCAUUAUUGUACUCAUCAUUCAAACUUGCGGGAUAGACUUCUACUAACAGUUGUGCAGAUAACCUCUUUAACAACAAGCAGAUGUAUCAGUGUGUCAAACGUUCCACAAUGCAAGCGCGUCAAGUUUUGCAUUGCUAAAAACGUUAUAUCGUGGGGUAAAGGGAUACUUUUAACACAUAAGAGUAUUGCUCGGGCACUUUGAUCCAAAUUAUUAACCAAAAUAUAUUAUGGAAUGCCGUAACUUGAAUAUCUGUUCUUAAUUGUAUUCAAUGCCUUUAAAUAAUAGUUUAAACUCAAAUGUUUAUUGAUUUACUUUGUUUAUAUUGUCAAUGUUAACUGUGUUUAACACUUACGACGUGUACGAUAUUGGGCUAUGUAUACA